UCACUAGUCAUGGCAGGGAACACCAAACGCCGUAGCGAAUCUGUUGUUAUUCGAAGCCUGAGGCGCUUAAAAGAGAGUUAUUGGCCUUCCGGUGUGAGAGAUGUGGUUGUGGAUCACGGCGAGCAAGAACCCGGUUUUUUGGAUUGUUUACCGGUGGAUGUGCAGUUCCGCAUCAUGACCUUGUUGUCAUCUGUGGACAUCUGUCGCCUGGGAGCAACCAGCCGCUACUGGAGGGCCUUGGUCCGAGAUCCGCUGCUGUGGAGGUUCUUUCUCCUCAGGGACACGCCUCACUGGUCCUCCAUCGAUCACUUAUCGAUGCCACAAUUGGAGGCACCGGAGGCCCUGGUCAUGGGUGACGAUGCAGAAGAGGGCGAUUACGAGAGGACGGAAUCAAAAGUCGACUACAUGGCAGAGUAUCUGAAAGGAUGCCCGUCAUGCAGAAAGAGAUGGCUUCCUUCGUGGCCACCGUAUCGAGUAUUGACGGCGUUCCUGCAGUCUCUGGUGGCCUCAGCUGAGCCGCGCUACGCUAUGUUCGGGCCCGGCAUGGAGCAGUUGGAUGUCUCUAUAGUCACCAGGCUCAUGCACGCCUCUGAUGUUCUACCGGUGUCAGUCAUCCCAAACAGUCAGGUCAAUGGACCUUCAGUGAUCGGGUCUGGCAUCAGUUACAUGUUCAACAACCAACACAAAUUCAACAUCUUUACUCUUUACUCGACUAACAAGGCAGAGAGGGACCGUGCCAAAGAAAAGAACCAGUACAUGAGUGAUAAACUCUUCAGUCUAGUAGGAAGCGAUGACUCGGGGCACCCAGUCUACAGGCCGGCCCCUCAGGUGCAGCAGGUGUGCCAGGUCGUGGAAGGGGUCAUCUAUGUAGCCAACGCCGAACCGGGGAGAGGUGGGAGACCAUUGAGUGGGGAAGUUAGCCAAUCCCACUUAACUGGCCCAAAAUGUGAAGGAGAGACUGAGGGGUCUCAGAUCAGGGCCGUGCUGAGCUCCAAAUCCAGACCCCUACUGGUGCUCUCGUGCGUCUCCAGAGAGGAAAGUAAAGCAGUCAGAACCACCAGCAUGGGAACCAGGCAUCGAACCCCCUGUGUUGAGAUGGCAAAGAGACUCAGCCUGCCCCAGUUGCCUAAUCCCUGGAUGGUGCAGGAUACAGUUGCAGAAUCCCUGUCGGGUCUUCUGGAUGGAAUUUCCUGGUUGCUGAGAUCAUCAGGUGUCAAAGUGUAUGGUAGCUAGCGUAACCCACUCGUGGGUGGGCGAUACUUUAGGUUCAGAAGGAAUUGAGUGGAGUGUUAUAAGCAUAAACACAAGAACUCCAAUGUUGAGCUGAUUAGUUACAACAAUAAUAAAGUUGCAUUUAUUGAAAUAAACUGUUCCCUUUUUCUAAAUAAAAUAAAUUGUCCACACAUUUUGUUCAAAGUCUAAUGUGAGCCUAAAUCAGAAGGUCUGCAUUUAGAAUACAGGCUUAGUCAUCAUUUUUAUUUUGGUACUGAAGUGACACUCCAGGUAUACCUCUAUGUUUUUCCGUGCUAAAUUGUACAACAUUAUUAGAACACAUCAAAAUAGUACUAAGUGUAAUUACUCAGCAUUAUGACAAUUAUCUGCCAUUCUCUAAAUCAAUUUCAAAUUUAAACAUUACAUAUCAAAACUAUUUUGUUCCAAUACAGAAUACUCAAUAUAUCAGCAAAUUACAAAUAUCAAAUUGUUGUCUCAUUCCUAAAGUCAAUUUGGAUGGGGAAACUUAACUAUUUCAUUUUGAUUUAAGUAGCGUUAAAAAGUUCAAUCCCUGAAAUAUGAGUAUACUUAUGGUGUCUUAGUUUGCAAAAUGAAGCGUUCGAGUCAUUGAGUUGAGUAGAGGGGAUUUCUCACUUCGGUUUUAUACAACACGACUUUUUUUUUUUUUUUAUCUGCGGGGAAAAUAUAAUCCAUAAUAAAUGUUGCACACGCCAUACAUUGUUUAGCCUGCGCUGUUUGUGUCCUGAUGCUUCAUAAGUGAGCCGCCUCGGUGUUGAGAGUUCACUAUCAUUUUGCCAGUCCUGACAAGAUAAUUUGCCUCCCUAACACUCUUUUGUUCUAGUUACCUAGGUGACCGCAAAUCUCUUAAAAUUAGCAACCUGCUUAUCAAAAUGUUCCAUAGCCUCCAUAAUCAUUUUUAUAGACAUGCGGGUUUGGUAACUGUGUGCUGAUUGACGCAAUUUAGGGGCAUUAAGGCCGACUGACUUGUGUUUUGUUUUUCCCCUGAUGAAUUUUAAAGGGAUGUAAUGGUGGAGUCGCUUGUGUGCAUGCGUGCAGUAGGGCUACCAAAUCAACCUGUGGUGAAGCUACAAUAGAACCUCUAGUGAUGGACAAGAGGAAAGUGUAUGGCGAUAAUUGGGUAAUGGAACUUACUGCAACACAGGAAAGGGUCUGACUGACCAGUACAAGAUUAGCAAGAAAAUUAAUUCAUAAUUGACAUUGUUAUCAAACAAAUGCUAAGGUACGGUAAAUAGGAUUCAGCUAGAAGCAUAAAUGGCUAAUGACUUGCAUGAAAAUAAUUAUGGAAUUUUUCUCUUGAAGUGCCUGUCGGGCAUCCUCAGAGGGUGAGUAGUGUUACUCCAGUUUUAUUGUCCGGUGGUUAACCUCUCUUUAAACUUGUGUAGCAGGUCAUGUUGAAUGUUACUUAAAGGAUGUUCCCAGGUAUUUUUAUUACAUGUGAUGUGAAAUGCUUUCAUCAAAAUACAACGCAGAUCAAGAAUUAUAGUAUAUUUGACACUGUAUUUGUGGUCUCGCUGAAAUUAGCCCAUUUUUAGGGGCUGGCCCUAUCUAAUGGAAGUAAGCACCUGUAUACCCUGCUCCAUUAACUGCUGGCCCAAUAGUGAGUACAGAUUUUUUGAGCUUCUUUUCUGAUUGUUGCGACAAAAGCAGACCCCAGGCUGAGCAAAGACAAAUUAAUUUUCACUAGUCAAAGCAGCGGUAUGUGUAUGUGGCGCAUGGACACAUCACCAGCCACUUAAAAAAAUAAAAAAUAAUGAUGCAGCUCUGCUUACCCUUUAGGCUUUGACAUGAGAACAGCCUUGUGGAUGUGGAUAUUUCUGCAUGAUAGUGCCUCUAAUAUUUCAGAUAGUGUAGUCUGCUUGAAAGUGGUCCUGAAUCUUCAACCAGCGUAGUAGAUCAUGCAUUAGGUGGAGAACUUUGGAGGUUCAACUGUACUUGCUCGUGUGAAACCAAGGGUUACCAGUACUUACAUUGCAGGGAGUGUGUUUGAAUGUGGAGGCUUGCAGCAUGUUGGAUGGAUGAACAAACAACAGACCUGUCAUGGGUGUGUGUUAUGGUUGUUGUCUUCCCCCUGUCUCGUACACACCCGCUCCUGAGAGCAUCUUCCCCACCUGUGCCACGUUUACCCUAAUUACCCCAUGCAUUUAACCUCCUGUCUCAUUCUUUCUGGUCGCCAGUUUGUUGUACCUUGUUGUCACGUUCCAGCAUUCCUUUUUUCCACGUCACUGACUCAUUGUAAGCCUAGACUCUGUUCUGAUAAUUGACCUUGCCUUUUUGCAUCACGUUUUUUUGGAUACUGUUGCCUUUGCGGAUUCCCUGCCUGUGUACCGACCUCUGCCAGUUUAUUAAACCUCUCUUUUUGAAACUGUC